AUGUCCCAGGCCCGAAACGAAGACCAUCUGGACAUUCCUAACCACCCGGUAAACGACCUGUUGCUAAUGCUGUCCGCCCUGUUACAAAAAAUCGUGGAAGCCAACGAUUCGCUUCAUCCCGAUCACUAUAACAGCCAGGACAACCAGAUGCAGGCCGGCGGUGAGCAGAACAAAUACACCACCAACGUACUCGCAUUCCACGGCCGCAACAUUCCUGCCAUUUCGCUUCACGCUUAUCUGACGAGGAUAUCUAAGUACUGCCCCGUGACAAACGAGGUGUUUCUGAGCUUACUGGUGUACUUUGAUCGGAUCGCCAAGCGCGCAAACAACGGCGACUUUAAUUCGACUUUUACUUCUUCUCCAAAGGCAGGCUUUGAGGAUUCAAAUGCUAAACAGCAGCUGUUUGUCAUGGACAGCUAUAACAUCCACAGACUCAUCAUCUCUGGGAUAACAGUGGCAUCGAAGUUCUUUAGCGACGUCUUCUACAAAAACUCUAGAUACGCAAAAGUCGGCGGCCUUCCCCUGGAGGAACUCAAUCACUUGGAACUGCAGUUUUUGCUACUUCUGGAUUUCAAGCUUAUGAUCCAGGUAGAGGAAAUGCAUCGGUAUGGUGACCUGCUGAUGAAGUUCUGGAAGCGCGAACAGCUCAAGUUGUCACAAUUACGCGAGCAAUGA